UAUCAUUACCGGAUGUAAACACAAACCUGUGCACAUGGAACGAAAAGCGGGCAUGGCGUCGCCUGUGGAGCGGUUCGUCUGUCCGGGGAAAGGAAACGGUCUGCGGGCCACAGCCAGGAUACGCAGAGGACAGCUGGUGACCUCCGCCGAGCCGCUGGGGUGCUGCGUGUCCAACAAACGGAGCAGGGAGGUCUGUCACCACUGCUUCACCCGACAGGAGACCUUGUUGAGAUGUUCUCAGUGCAAGAUGGCUCGCUACUGCAACACAGCUUGCCAGAAACAAGCGUGGUCCGGCCAUAAGAGGGAGUGUAAGUGUCUGCGUAGUCUCCUGCCCAGACGUCCUACUGACUCAGUCCGUCUGGCUGCAAGACUCAUAUUUGCCCUGUUAAGUCCUCCUAAGAGCACCAGCAGUGAGCUCUUCACUUUAGAGGAACAUGAAUCACACUUGAAUUCCAUGUCUGAGCAGAAGAAGCAAGGUCUCGCUCAGCUGGCAUCCAUGUUGGAACUGUAUGUACAACAGGAAGCCUCUGACCUGGCACAGGAAAUGACAUCAGCUUUACCACCUUCCUGCCAGGAUCCCCUCAGCCUCAUUGCAAAGGUGACGUGUAAUUGUUUCACCAUCAGUGACGGGGAGCUGCAGGAGGUGGGAGUGGGGCUCUAUCCAAGUUUAUCCCUGUUAAAUCAUGACUGCCGGCCGAACUGUGUGAUGGUGUUUGAGGGAACGAGGCUGCAGCUCCGAGCUGUCCAGGAUAUUGGCCCUAAAGAGGAGUUAACUAUAAGUUACAUUGAGACUUUGUCCCUGACUGAGGAGCGACAGAGGCAGCUGGAGGAGCAGUACCACUUCGUCUGCCGCUGCCAGAGAUGUGACUCAAAAGAAGAGGAAGGACUCAUGCUGUCAGGGGAAGAAGAAAAAUGGCGGCAGCUGAAGGAGGCCCUACCGAGACUGGAAGGACUGAAAACUGAGUCCAAUUGGCAGGUGUUGUUGGAGAGCUGCAGCAGUCUCUUAUCAGCUGCUGGGGGUGACGUUCCUGAUGAAAACCUGUACAGGCUCAGGGUUACAGACAUGGCUUUAGAUGCUGCUGUUCACCAGGGACAAUGGGAGGAGGCUCUGAGAUACGGCAUGAAGACACUUCCAGCUUACAGAUUGUACUAUCCUGAUCCACAUCCGGUUCAUGGAGUUCAGCUGAUGAGAGUAGGAAAGCUGCAGCAUUACAUGGAGCACAUUGAGGAUGCGUUAGACACGUUCAAAGAGGCCUUUAUAAUCAUGAAGAUUACUCACGGGGAGGAUCACCCCCUGACAACUGACCUGAAAAUCAAGAUGGAGGAAUGUCGUCAGGAGAUAGAUACGCAGUUGUCUCACAGAUGAUGAAAAAGUGAAAAAUAGAUUAAAGGUUUAUAUGCCUUUAACAUAGAUUAUAGAUUAGAACAUGUCGGCUUGGAGUUUUGGACACUAACCCGUUUAAAAAAUAUAUUUUUUAGCUCUCACAAUUACAUUCGCAAGCCUCAGAUUAUACCUGUCUCUUCAAAUUGUACUCUCAUUGCUUAAAUUUGGGAAGGACCACACCCACAUAAAAGAUUAUUGUGCAUUAA